GCAUCCGAAAAGUGAGUCGAAAAAUUUUCUAAAUGGAGACUGGCGGCUACUUGUAGGAUAGAUUUUAUCAUUGAAUUUCAAUCGGAAUCGAACGGUCGGACAAUUUCUGUCAAACAGGGACCGGCCAAUGAGCGUGCGGUUUGACUCGUCGAGUCGGCGAUUGAAAAGCUGGCGUUCUGACGAUUGUUCAGCGAACGUGCGCGCCGAUAACGAGAUUCUUGGGAUAUGUAAACAAACUUCAAAACACGAGGUACCGAAUCGAGUGAUUGCUGUCGAUUUUGAUAUCCGUUCGUGAUAUAAUUGUAAAACAAAGAAACGAACGAUGAGCACGAACGGCAUUAAAUUGUUAAAGAAAGCGAAUCCAUAUCCACAAGGGAUGCGUUGUCAAAAGUGUCUCGAGAUGGGACACUGGAGUUAUGAGUGCAAGGGAAAGAGAAAAUACCUGCACAGAUCCUCCCGUACCGCACAACUCAAGAAGGUCCUGCAAAAGCAACAGGAUAGCAAUGAUCAGGAGCAAAGGAAGGAAACGAAGAAGAGUCAUGUAAGGAAGAAAAUGAGGAAGGAAUCCAGCAGUUCCAGUGACUCAAGUUCUUCCAGCAGCGGGACUAGUGAUACCAGUAGUAGUGAAAGUAGUAGCAGCAGUUCCUCCUCGGACAGCGAGUCGGACUCUAGCGACAGUGUAUCUAGCAGCAGUAGUAGUAGUAGCUGCGGUAGUAGCAGCAGUAGUAGUAAUAAUUCCACUCAAUAGCAUAGGAAGAAAGCUUUCUUUCUUUUGGUAUUCGAUCCUGUACGGAUAACAGAUUUUAUUCGCAUAAAUUCAGGUCACAUAAGAUGACUUGGAAAAAAAAUAUGGAAUAAGCAGGAGUGAAGGAAAUACGGAACACUCGCCGAAUUUCCUUCAUGUUGUAUAAAACAAAUUUGCAUGUGAAAUCGCACUAUUUCUGUGAGCAAAUCUCUUUUCUCAUUGGACGUACACGAUACGUUUGAAAUUCAGCAUUAGCUAGCUCGAAUCGCUUGUUCGGCAUCACGAUUUUACCGCAUCAAGAUGACACGCUGUUCUAAUUUCUAUCGUAAGUUUAUUUUUACAUAUGCACGGUGACACACACACACACGCAUACUUUGUAAGGCUAUUUUUGUCGAUGACACAUAUCGCAGGACACCUCGAAUUCUAUCGCAUCGCGCGCUAGUAUUAUUUCUAUCGUAAGGAUUUUAUAAGUUUUGAUAUUGAGUGUGAUAUACAGAUCUGUCAUGGAUUGAUGUAUAAAGUUAAUGUUUAAAUAUAUAUGACGAUUAUUUUUGCUACUGCUGUACGCACAUACAGUACUUACGACAGUAUCGAUGUAGUUGUUUCAUGCUAGAAAUAUAAUUGAAUGA